AUGGAUCAGCACGCCGUCGACGUCGAGCCCGACCCGAUCCAGUUCCCCAACACCAUCAAGCGUCAGCGACCCUCGGCAACACAGCAGCCGGACCCGACCACCGGUGACGAGUCCGUGGCCGGCGAUGUGGACACAUGCCGGAUCUGUCGUGGUGAAGGGACGGCUGCAGAGCCCUUGUUCUACCCGUGCAAAUGCAGCGGGAGCAUCAAGUAUGUCCACCAAGACUGCCUGAUGGAGUGGCUCUCGCACUCCCAGAAGAAGCACUGCGAGCUCUGCAAGACACCGUUCCGCUUCACCAAGCUGUACUCCCCCAACAUGCCCCAACGCCUCCCCUUCUACGUCUUUGCCAGUCACAUGGCCAAGUACUUGUUCCGGAACGUCCUGGUGUGGCUCCGGGCCGCUCUGGUCAUCAGCGUCUGGCUCGGCUGGCUCCCAUACCUGAUGAGAUCUGUCUGGUCAUUCCUCUUCUGGAUAAGCGACGAGGGCUUUGGUCCAGCGUCGCAUCACUUCUCUCGCACCAUCCAGAAUACGACGGCCACACAUAUCCACGCCAUGGCCUCGACCGUUAUCAGCCAAGGUCUGACGACCACAAUUUGCCCCUCCAGUCCGCUCUAUCCAGCCAUGACGACCUCGGCCAAUUCGAGGGACGUAGCCGAGCAGGGGCCGGAUCUCUUGCGCGCUCAUGGAUGGCCCGCUCUCAACACCACGGCCAGCAACUCUAUUGCAAACCUUCUUGCGCGCAUAGUCUUUGGCGAGGCUGCUUUCCGCGGAGAAUCGACCGCCCAGGUCAGCUUUAACGGCACCCACCUGACUCCGAGAUUUCCUCAACAUGACACGCUGUUGAGCGAGGUCAGCUUUCUUAAGAACCUGACACCCCAUCCGGCUGUGAAUCGCAUCAUGAUCCAAGUCUUCGAGGGCCAGAUCAUCACCAUUCUGGUUAUAGUCUGCUUCAUUCUGAUCAUCCUGGUUAGGGACUAUGUGGUCCAGCAGCAGCCUGAAAUCAUCAUGCGUGCAGAUAUGCGCGCCGCCUUUGCAGCUCAGAUGGGCAACCCUGACGACGCACAGGACCUCCAGCCCGAGCAGGACCAAGACCUGGCAGAUCAGCCACCUGCGGGAGGGCCCACGGCUGCGGCGGUUGAGGAACACCAUGCAGCCGGGGAAACCCUCGCUAGGGACGACGAAUCUACCAUUGCGCAGGACGACGGCCAGGCUGCGGACUAUUUGCAAGCUGUUCAACACCUAAGGGAUCAUGCUGCGGACGAAUUGCAGCAGAGGCCUAUCGCUGGGUUCAGACGGAGGCUAGCGCGACGUGGCUCUGCGGAGCAAGAUGUCGACCGCCCACUCUUUCAGGGGGGGGCUGCGGCCCAAGCAGCCCCUCGUGAUAGCCUUGAUGAGACACGGGCGGAACUAUUGCGAGCGUCACUGGAUGGGCAAUCCCAAUCCACGGUAAACCAGUAUUUACGCAUCUACCGCGAGGCCGAUGGCGACCGGGAUGAGAUUCUCAAACGCAUACGUGAUGAAGGUUUGGAGGAUCGUCUUUCGUAUUGGGUCAACGCCACGAAUGCAUUGGCAAGAUCCAAAAGUGACCAGGAUCAUGGCGAUCCGCAUGGCCCGCCGAUACGCUUUCCAGUAGAUGCUGGUUCUAGCGAUUUUCACGCAGACCAAGAUACUACCGACGACGAGGACAUGCCUUGGUCCUACCCUAGCCCUGCCCCAACCGAGGAAGCUGAAGUCUCGACUGCCCCCAAAGGAAAGGGGAAGGAGAAGGCAACAGUGGAUGACGCGCAAGACGAGGUCGCCUCGAGUCCUUCUGUACUAUCAACGUCUUGGCUACAUCCCGAAAAGCGUGUUCCCGGAGGCCUAGAUGACAGACAAGACACAAUGGCGGCCUUGUCAGUCUUCGAUGCUCCAGCCUCACAGUCAUCAUCCCGACCUCGUGCCGUGUCUGAUGGACCCCCAAUCCACGACACAAUCAACCCGUUGGCCAACAACAGCUGGUCAUUCUCCAAGUUACCCUCGAACGUCGACCAUGGAAUAGCCGAAGAUUUUUCAGUACUCUCAACUUCUGGCGCAGAUGUUCCAUCAGAUCCCCGAGACGAAGGUAGCACUAGCCCAAGCGGGACGGCAUUGGAGGCUGCGAGCCCCAGUGCCGAUGCUGGCGUUCAAGAUGACACAGACGACCCAACACCUCUUCAACGUGAAGCUGCGCAGCCUACGGAGCCUGCAGGCGUGCCCGCUGAACAUCUCGACCUGGUUGCAGAGGCUCAAGGCCUCCCACAAACCCCCAGUAUGGCCGACAGGAUUGCCGAUUUUAUGUGGGGCAAUAUUGAAGCAGGUGACGGAGCCGGCCCAGAUGCGAUAGAACUUUUCAUCGACGACCAGAACGCACCUUUCGUAGACGCACACCGGGAUCAUGACGAUUCCGAGGAGGAGGACGACAUUGAUGAUGACAACGCCAAUGCCAACGAUGUUGGACCAAACGGCUUGGCACCUGAUGUUGUGGAAGCUGCAGCAGCGGCCGGCAUAGACCCAGAGGCCAUCGAUGACGCCGAAGACUUUGACGGCAUCAUGGAGCUCAUUGGCAUGCGGGGACCCGUCGCCGGACUUUUCCAGAACGCUAUAUUCUGCGCCUUCUUGGUGUCCAUCACAAUAUUCAUUGGCAUCUUCUUGCCUUACAACAUCGGACGAUUGGCAGUCUGGAUUGUAGCCAACCCCAUGCGGCUCCUCCGUAUGGUGUUUAGCUUCUCGCGGCUCGUCCAGGACCUCUGUCUGCUGGCAGUUGGAUGGACCUCGAGUUUUGUAUGCGACCUUCUGUACAUCAUGGCGAAGCUCUUCAGGCUCGACGAUGUUCGCCAGUUCGUUGGGUCGGUAUCUGCUGAAGCAAAGCAUUUGACAACCGAAUCCUUGUCAGGGCUGUGGGACAGCGUUAAACUCGAGACUACUUUCAUCACCUCUAACGAGAUCCGCAACUUCUCCGUGGUCAGCCACGAAGCUCUGAUCAGUGUCAAGCACCAUAUUCAGCUAUUCUUCACCGUAGCGGGCCGCAUACUCGUCUUUAUCUUUGGCGGCGACUAUGUCUCCAAAUGGGCGUCGACCAAGUUGGCCAUACGCUCUGCGCUACCAGGCAUACUCCAAGGUGGAAAAAACGUCCUCGCCGGGGUCCUGCGGCCGGGCUCUUGGACCGUCAGCCUCCGUCUACCUGAAACGGCAGUGACAUUCGACCCGGCGCUGGCAUACUGGAGUGCCAAGGAUCGAACUCUGGCGAUCGCGAGUGGAUAUAUCUCGCUGACCGUUGUUGCCGGUCUCUAUCUGAGCAGGGGGACGCCGUUCUCCAGCAGCAGGACAGCUCAGGAAUGGGAGGGUUCCAUUCUCGACGCAUUGACCCAAGCCAGCGGCGUGAUGAAGGUCAUUCUGAUUAUUAGCAUUGAAAUGCUGGUGUUUCCACUCUACUGUGGUUUAUUGUUGGACUUCGCACUUCUACCCCUUUUCGAAAGCACAAGCCUCAGGUCACGACUGUUGUUCACCUACAACUACCCUCUGACCUCCAUUUUCGUCCAUUGGUUCGUGGGCACAGGCUACAUGUUCCACUUUGCCCUUUUCGUAUCCAUGUGCCGGAAGAUCAUGCGCAAAGGUGUUCUCUACUUCAUCAGAGACCCGGACGACCCCGAGUUCCACCCGGUCCGUGAUGUGCUGGAGCGGAACGUCACCACGCAGCUGCGCAAGAUCCUGUUUUCGGCCUUCGUUUACGGGGCACUUGUCGUCGUCUGCCUCGGCGGCGUAGUUUGGGGCUUGUCGUUAGCCUUGCCGACCGUCCUUCCCAUCCACUACUCGUCGAAUGAGCCUGUGCUCGAGUUCCCCAUCGACCUCUUGUUUUACAACUUCCUCAUGCCGCUCGCCGUCAAGUUUUUCAGGCCCAGCGACGGGCUCCAUGCAAUGUAUACCUGGUGGUUUCGGCGAUGCGCACGAGCAUUGAGCCUCACUUGGUUCCUAUUCGGCGAACGACGUAUCGAUGAAGAAGGCUCACUUCGACUGCCAGAGAACUCGGAGCACAGCUCUUUGCCAUGGUACCGCAAAGUCUUUCUCGAGGUCGGCCAAGACGAUAAUGUGGUACCCAAGACGUGGGCCGAUACCUUUGAGGGUGGCAAAUCCAAACCGACGACUAAGAUUCGCCCAGAGGAUAUGCUGCGCCUUGGUACCGCAAAGGCUCGCCUGGUGAACACCGGCCAGCUCAUUCCCACUGGUCGAUUUGUCCGUGCACCAGCCUCCGACCAGGUCAAGAUACCCAAGGGACGAUCAGUGUUCCUUGAGGUUUCCGACCAAGACAAACUUCUCGACGGUAGGACCAACCGACUGGAGACCGAUCUCUACUCCAACAAGACUUACCAGUUCGUUUAUGUCCCCCCGUGGUUCCGAGUGCGUAUCUUCAUGUUUAUAUUUUUCAUUUGGCUCUUCGCGGCCGUGACUGGCGUUGGUUUCACCAUUGUACCCCUAGUCUUUGGCCGCCGUAUGUUCAAAACUCUCAUCCCGGCACAUAUCCGAACGAACGAUAUAUACGCUUUCAGUAUUGGCAUAUAUAUCUUGGGCUCCGUUGCCUACCUAGCUUCGAAUGCUCGGUCUACCGCAGCUAGGGCAUGGGGCUGGUGUUCCACAUCGGUAUCAACGCUACUUGACCGUGAGACCCUUCACAGGAUCACGACCUGGACAAAACAGGCCACUGGUCUGGCGUACACUUAUGCUAUGCUACUGUUGGUUUUCCCAAUGCUGGCAACGCUCGUCGUGGAGCUCUACGUUUUGAUACCCCUGCACACAUGGAAGUACUCCCAGGCGGUUGACAAUACCCAAGCACUCUCAUCAAGCACAAGUCCUGCAGGCCUCAGGGGUGACCACACCAUACGCAUCAUUCAAGCCUGGACCCUCGGUCUCCUAUACUUGAAAUUAGGAACACGCAUCUUGAUCAUGCUCGGCGGCCGACCAGCUCUGGCGGUUCGUGCUGUCCUGCGUCGAGGUUGGUUCGAGCCUGAUGUAAACAUACUGACACGAGGCUUCGUCAUCCCUGGUCUUCUGCUGUCCGCAUUCUUGGUUAUUUUCCCUGCGAGCUCUGCCCACGUGCUUAUCCAACGCGGAUUCAUCGAUACUCAGCUCUGGACCCGAGAUAGGCAUAUCCUUGUCUUCAGGAUGUCAUAUCCCAUUGCCGCAUUGUGUUGGACAAUGGUGUGGAUUCUUAGGGGCAUGUUCAGGGUUUUAGACAGCUGGAGGGCUCGCGUCCGCGACGAGGCCUACUUGAUGGGGGAACGACUUCACAAUUUCGGCGGGCUGGUCGGUACAAAAGGCGGCGCUGCCGGUAGGGCUGAUUGGAGAGGUAGUGCAAGACUAUAA